AAAAAAAAUAAUCUAAUGUUGGUGGAGCGCUCUGCAUCCUUUUCAAAAGUGGCCCAUCCACUUUGUGUAAUAUUACUACGGGAGGUUUGGAAUCCUCUUUACGCGCCCAAAAGCGCAUCAUCACGGGCAGCGUCCUCGCCUUGACAACCAGCCUGCAUCACGGAGUAAUCCACUGGUGUUUAUUUUUAGAAGCUCUCGGCCGCUGUGUGCUACUCUCGUUCAACACACACCCCAUGCUCCUGCGGUCAAUAAUUCAUAUGCUGUAGGCCUGCUGCACGGAGUCACAGAGCAGGCUGCAACAACUCACAGCCACAGGACGCCCGAAAGCACCGGGUGCACCGCCUCACGAGCGAUGCACCCCAAAACCAUGAGGCAGCAAAACGGCACCCAACCAGCCACAUCCAUGAGGAAGCAGUCCGGUUUUCAGACACGGGCCUCCAUGACCACAGAGUACCAGCAGAGGUUUCUUCCCCCACACUGCUCCAAAGCUGUGGUCACAAGCUUGACACAGAAAGACCCUUACCAUUCACUGAAGGGGACCAGUGCUGACAUGGCUACUUUUAGAUCAUUCUAUGUGACACACAAAUGGAUAAAACAUCCACCUAAGGCCCAACAGCCAUUUGUGCCACCUCAAAACCACCGGAGAUGCAGCAGUGAUCAACACAAUCCUGAACGCUUUGUAGCAUCCCAGGUGGACUACACGUCAGUGUACAAAAACGAUUUCCAAGCAUGGAAAGCAAACAAGCGGCAGCCUUUUAAGCUGUCUGACAGCUUGAAAGUCAACCAAGGAUUAGUUGUCCCAAACAGAAUUUAUAAAGAAGGUCGCUCCCAGAAAAAUUCUGUUCAAGUUCCAGCUAAUUCUAAACCAGUCCCACAGGAGGAAGGACCACAUCCUAUUGAAAGCGUCACCAGCUACAGAUCUGAUUACAUCACCCAUCCAGUGCAGCCCAGGACGCUGACAAAGAAGCCUGCGUACCAAACCAAAGGUCUGACAUUACAGGCAGCUGUGUCUUUGAAGCCAAAAGCGGCUUGGGACAUACACCAAGAACCCCUGGACGAAGCCAGUCAGCUCUUUCAGGAAUUCAAGGCCUGGUCCCUUGACAACAAGUUCCUCGGCCAAAGCAAAGCCAAAGAAUCCGGUCCAGCAGCAGAUCACGAUGACUUCCUCUCCACAACACAUGCAGACUACACAGCACACAAGUGCCAGCGCACCAAGCCAAUCCUGCCAUCUAUGCAAACCAGAGAGAGGGAGAAAGGUGAGGAGCCCUUUUCUAAGACUACUACCAUGAGGGAGGACUACAAAGGCUGGCACACACCACAACGCCUCCCCAUAGUCCCCAAAGACGAGAUGGACUGGCCCAAGAAACCCACCUUCUCACUGGGCACUCCUCAUAAAGCAGUCUGUAAUUCCACCUGUAAUGCCAUGAAGACACCUCAAUGUCCGGCUCAGAAUGGAGAAUCUUCUGGCUUAGAAUGUGUCUGCCCUGGGACUGAAGAGUACAGGAUGUACUGGACCAGCUCCAGGGACAGAGGGGUGACUUGGGCCGAUGGUGGAACUUGUGAGGAGCCCUCUCAGGGUCACGAAAUAAUCAGCUGCGUGGUUUCUAGCAGAAGCUAAGCUUCCCUAGAGACCAGGGUGAAGACGAGAUGUGAAGCUGCCACACAUGACCUCAGGUAGUUUCUACCUUCACACAAAUAAAAGCCAUGAACAGUACUGAGAUUAUGCAAUGGCAGCUAUUUUUAUACGAUAAAGCAUCUCACUGAUACUCCACAGCACUUCUCAUUUUGAGUGUUAUGUAACCUACUUAACUGAAAUCAUGUUCCAUUUGUGAAACAGAGCUUCAGAGUUAGACUGCUUAAUGUGGUCUUUCACAGCAAUUAAUGAAUGGUGUGUAAAUGAAACAUUUUUGCAAGUGAAACAUCUGGCAGCCAGUAACUUUGGGGCUGUGUUAGACUUCCCAACUGGGGUAAAUGCUCCAUCUA